GUGCCCUUUGCUCUCUUCCCCCAAACCCUGGUGUUGCGUGUUCGUGUUUUGCUUCACUCCCAGCCCAAUGAAAAGUUUUAACAAGUUCAAAUACAUCCUUGGCUUCUUUGGGACCUUUAGGUGGUCUUUUUAACAGCGUUUCCCCACGGUUGCUUUUGGGUAUUUUGUGCGUAUGGUUUGUUUUUCCAGAGUGAAGCUUGGGACCGAGGCUGCCUGGGCAACAUUCCCCUUCGGAGUGAGGACAGGAGAGAUGGCUUCUGAGGAAUCCAGUCCGCUUUUGGGCACUGCGGCAGAAGUAGAACUGCCUGCUGCUGAGAGACCCUCUCAGCUGGACGUUUAUCUGAGCAAGGUCCAAAACCGGAAUGUCUACCUGGCGACGUUCGCUGCCGUGCUGGGACCGCUAAGCUUCGGCUUCGUGCUUGGCUACAGCUCGCCGGCCAUUCCGAGCCUGAAAAGGAGCGGCAACCCGGCAUUAAGGCUGGAAGAUAGCCAGGCAUCUUGGUUUGGGUCUGUCGUCACUCUGGGCGCGGCGGCUGGCGGGAUUCUGGGAGGAUACCUUGUGGACAAAGCUGGCCGGAAGCUGAGCCUGAUGUUCUGUGCGGUCCCGUAUGUUUUUGGCUUCCUGACCAUCGUCUCCGCUCAGAACGUUUGGAUGCUGUACGUGGGCCGGCUGUUGAGCGGCUUGGCCAGCGGCGUCACCUCCUUGGUGGUUCCGGUAUAUAUUUCUGAAAUAGCUCAUUCCAAGGUUCGAGGGAUGCUCGGCUCAUGUGUUCAGCUGAUGGUGGUGACGGGCAUCUUGGGAGCUUACAUGGCAGGCAUGGGGCUGGGCUGGCGCUGGCUGGCGGUGCUGGGCUCCGUCCCACCCUGCAUCAUGCUGGGGCUCAUGGCCUUCAUGCCGGAGACGCCACGGUUCUUGCUGAGCCGGAAUCAGCAGGCCGAAGCCGUGGCGGCGCUGCAGUUCCUGCGGGGACCCCUGGUGGAGCACGAGUGGGAAUGCAGGGAGAUCCAGGCCAGCGCCCACGAGCAGCAGGAGCUGAGCCUCGCGGAGUUCAAGAACCCCUCCAUUUACAAGCCCUUCUUCAUUGGCGUCACCAUAAUGUUUUUCCAGCAAGUGUCGGGCAUCAACGCCAUCAUGUUUUAUGCGGAAACCAUAUUUGAAGAGGCCAACUUCAAGAAUAGCAGCGCUGCUUCUGUCAUUGUGGGCUCCAUCCAAGUCUUUUUCACAGCCGUGGCUGCCCUUAUUAUCGAUAGAACAGGACGGAAAAUCCUCCUGGUCUUCUCAGGGUUCAUCAUGGCUGCCAGCGCCGCCGUGUUUGGGAUGUAUUUCAAAAUGGCGCUCCCGGGCCCCGGCAACUCUUCCCACGUCAAGUGGUCGGACUCCCCUCUGGGCCUCGCGCUUGUAGAAGAAGAGCACAGCCUUGCGUGGCUGGCGGUGCUGAGCGUGGGCCUCUUCAUCAUGGGCUUUGCCCUGGGAUGGGGCCCGAUCCCAUGGCUGGUGAUGUCCGAAAUAUUCCCCCUCCGAGCCCGAGGCGUUGCCAGUGGUGCCUGCGUUUUAACGAACUGGUUCAUGGCCUUUCUCAUCACCAAGGAGUUCCAUGACCUCAUGGUACUCCUAACUCCUUACGGUACUUUCUGGCUGUUCUCCGGCACCUGCCUCCUCAGCGUGCUCUUUACCAUACUCUGCGUCCCCGAAACGAAAGGGAAGAGCUUGGAAGAGAUAGAGGCUUACUUCCAGAGAUUACGUUAGCUGCUGUGAACUAUCAGGGAAAAGUGCCCCCCCCCCUUUCUGGAACUUCAUUCAGGUGUUGGCCGGUGAGACCAAAUCUUCCGUUUCUCAAGGAGGUGCACAUGAAUGUAAAUUCUCUACGCGGCUCGGUCAGGUCCAACAAAUAUGACCAGGAAGGACAGCCGUGUUUUGCAUGGGGCGCACGUCAUCACAGGAUUACAAAACUCUGCUUAAGUUUUGUGAAACGCAGGUUACCCAUUUUGUGUUGCCCUGCUGAAGGGUGCUGCCUGAGCACUGCUUUAAAAUGUUAGAACUUCAAAAACAGUUAUAGGGCCUCUGCUGUAGGUUUUGUAGACAUAGAGGGGAACAAAAAAAGGGGCUGGUCCCCACCGGCAUAGUUCAUGCUCUUCCUCUGAAUUUUCUGUUUUUAUUUUUAAAUCUCUAGGCCGGUUUUCCCCAGCCUGACUUCGUCCAGAUGUCUUUGGACACUAGCUCCCAUCAUCUCCAAUCAGUGUGUCCUGCCUGGGGUGCCGGGAGUUGUAGUCCCAACACAUCUGGAGGGCACCAGGUUGGGG